CACAUAUCAAUAUUCAAAAGCUAGCUAUAUUCUUUUUAGCCAUAAUUCAAAAGCAACGUUAACGUAUUUGAAAAGGUUACUGCUCGCCGGUUUGACCAAUAUCUCUGACUGGUAAACUCAUUGAAUCAGCGAGGGACCCAACCGGGGGAAAAACAAAGACUGAAAAAGAAAACCCAACAAUUUUUAACUUCGUCUAGAAAUGUCUUCGGCCCUGGUUCACCCUGUAUAUGUAUAACGUCCUAGUAUAUAUAAUAUAGCCACCAUAUUUUACCCACUAAAGCAAGUAAUCAUUUAAUUUCCCUCUUUGCUUCAUCCUCUUCCUCUCUUCUCCUUCUCCUUCUCCUUCUCCUUCUUCUUUUUCCUCCCAUAUUCACCAUCAAUGGCCGAUAUUGACGUUCCUCAAUAUUUCUUGUGUCCUAUUUCUCUGGAGAUCAUGAAAGAUCCUGUGACGACCGUAACAGGUAUAACCUACGACAGAGAGAGCAUCGAGCAGUGGUUGCUCAUGGCGAAGGAGAGGAAUUGCCCGGUCACCAAGCAGCCGUUGCCCACCGACUCGCCCUUGACCCCCAACCAUACCUUACUCAGGCUAAUCCAGGCUUGGUCCUCACAAAAGGCUCGCAACGGCGCAGUUCGGAUUCCAGCCCCGAAACCCCUCCUCUCCUCCAUCCACGUUCACAAACUUAUCUCUCAUCUUCAGAUUCCUCAUCUGUGUCAAACGACACUGAGAAAAAUGGAUGCUUUGGCAGGCAGCGAAAGCAACAGAAGGUGCAUGGUGGAAUCUGGAGCACUCGAAGCUUUGGUCUCCAUAAUUACCCAGAAAUUCAAGGAAGGUAUAACAAGUUGCCUUGAACAAGCUUUGAGAGUUCUUCGUUUACUCUGGGCUGCAUCGUCCAUCGCUCACGUGAAGCCUCUGGUUUGUGAAAACUUGGACUUUAUCACCUCUUUGGCCUGGGCAUUGCAAAUUGGCGUGAGAAACAACGUUAAUAUAGUAAACGAAACAAUGCCUAUUUUGAAAUCGACCGCAGGAGCCGCAGAUUCAACCCUUCUGGGAAACUUAAAUGUUGAAUUUUUCAGAGAAAUAACGAAGGUACUAAAAAACAGAAGAGUCUCGGAGCAGGCUAUCAAAUCAGCCUUGCAGGUGCUCAUAGAAACGUGCCCCUUAGGAAGAAACCGAAUGAAAAUCGUAGAAUCAGGAGCGGUCUUUGUAUUAAUUGAUCUUGAGCUAGAAAAACCGACAAAGAACAUAACGGAGCUCGUGUUCAACCUUCUGGCAAAUCUAUGUUCGUGUGCUGAUGGUAGAGAACAGUUUCUGCGGCACGCAGCGGGAAUCGCUGUGAUGUCUAAGAGGAUUCUGAGGGUUUCGAAUGCAACUGACGAUAGAGCUGUUCAAAUAUUUUCGUUGAUAGCUAAGUACUCGUCAUCGAAUGAUGUCGUUUUGGAGAUGUUGAGGGUGGGAGCUGUGUCCAAGCUUUGCAUGGUGAUGCAAGCUGACUGUGCUUCGUAUUUGAAGGAGAAAGCAAGAAGCAUCCUUAGGUUACACUCCAAAACUUGGAACAAUUCUCCCUGCAUUCAAGUAUAUUUGCUGACCAGGCACCAAAGGUGAUCCUUGCCUCUCAAAUAUAUAUCUCCGUUUUAUUUUGUUUUUGUGAAAAUACCCAAUUUCAUCCCUAAAAUAUAUGCUUAGUUUUAUAGGAAGGACUAGAUAGCUUGUCUGCUCUUGCUCUCUAGUUUCUCUUGGUUUACUUUAUUUUUCCACCUUGCUGGUCGACACUGUACAUCAAGAACGGAACCUUUCUUGGCGUCCGUAAUAUGUUGUAUAAAUCAGCCCCUUACCUAUAGUUGACUUUGCUGUAAACAUAGGCACUUGCGUACUGUCUAAGAGGCAAAUGCGCAGCCGACAACUAUGAC